AUGGUACCGUCACUAGCUGCACAAGUUCAAAUGACAACGGAGGGUGAGUUUACUCAAAGUAAACUAACCGAACUUAUUGGCUGCCUUCUUAAACUAGGAAAGAGUGGGGCGACGGAAGAAAACAAUGUGGCGGUCAAAAAUGGAAUGAAUUUCUUACGUUCUAAACAAAAGGAAAUAACUUUAAAUCGACAACAAAAUGCUACCCAGCCUACUGUAGAACAAAUUAACAGGCUCCGAUGUCAAAAAGAGGCAUUUUCUCAUUUGUCAGCUAACAAGUCAAUAUCAGAUAAUUUAUUUCUUGGUAUGCUGAAAAACGAGGACCUUGAACAGGUUACACAGUUAAAUGAGCUGAUCGAACAAACCGAAAUAAAAGUCCCACCACUGUUUCAUUUGGAAACAGAGGAACAAGCAGCUGUGGCCGUCGCCAUGUUCCCAACUCCCCAGCAGGUUGAACAAAUGAGUGAGGCUGCUGAUGAACGAGAAAUCGAGCUUAGUAAUAGGAUCAAAAUGCGCAUUAAAGAACUAGAACAAUUACCCAGUAAUCUGUCAAACGAGUCACUUAAUGUCGGUGGUCGGACGAAACAUAAUACUGCAGGACCAAAGAUUAAGGCAUUGAUCGAACGAAAAGGUUAUAAAUUAAGAGCAUGCCAACAAAAAUUACGUAAUGAAAUCAUGAAAUAUUCAAUACACCGACGGCCCGUGCGCAUCAUUUCCUUAAAGCAAUAUGAACGUCCGGUGCCUAAAAUACUGAAGAAUGCGACGUACUAUGAGAACCUUGAGAGGGAAAAAAGGGAGGCAUAUAAACGUCGUAUAAAAGAAGAACGUUCGGCUUACUUUAAUGCCAUAUUUCAUCAGACGAACUACAUGAAACAUAUUUCUCACAACAAACAGACCAUGCGUGAGAAGUUAGGGCGAUCGGUGAUCAUUUAUCACGCACAACUUCAGAAACAAGUACAGAAGCAGUUGGAACGAUCUUCUAAAGAACGUAUUAACGCUUUGAAAAACAAUGAUGAGGAGGCGUACAUGAAAUUGAUCGAUGAACACAAGGACAAACGUAUCACUCAUCUACUACGUCAGACUGAUUUGUUCUUAGGUUCAUUAACGAAAGCUGUGGUGGAUCAUCAGAAAGAUCACAAGAAUGAGAAUAAUUUAGUGGCUCCUGAUAUCUCAGUUACUGAUGAUGACAAUGUGAUUGAGGCAUUAGACGGCAAGAAGGUAGACUAUCACUCGAUAGCUCAUAGGAUAGAGGAAACGGUCGAACAACCGGGUAUUUUAGUUGGAGGUGAAUUAAAGGACUAUCAACUCAAAGGUCUCCAAUGGAUGGUAUCGUUAUAUAACAAUCAUCUUAACGGAAUCUUGGCCGACGAGAUGGGUUUAGGAAAGACCAUCCAAACAAUCUCCCUUAUCACCUAUCUCAUUGAAAAGAAACAACAAAAUGGACCCUACCUGAUAAUCGUGCCAUUGUCCACUAUGACUAAUUGGCAAUUGGAAUUCGAAAAGUGGGCGCCUUCUGUCAAGAUAUGUACAUACAAGGGUACCCCUGCUAAUCGGAAACUCAUUCAGCGACAAUAUUUGAAGAACCUUAAUUGCCAAGUCUUUCUUACGACUUAUGAGUACGUCAUCAAAGAUAAGGCGGUGUUGAGCAAACCAAGAUGGUUAUACUGUAUCAUUGAUGAGGGUCAUCGAAUGAAGAAUACCAAUUCAAAGCUCUCAUUGGUUUUAAGUAAUGAUUAUACCCUCAGAUAUAGACUCAUUCUUACGGGUACCCCGUUACAGAAUAACUUACCCGAAUUAUGGUCUUUAUUGAAUUUUAUCUUACCGAAAAUCUUCAACUCAGUUAAUAGUUUUGAAGAAUGGUUUAAUACGCCAUUCGCAAAUACCGGAGGGCAAGAUAAAAUUGCAUUAAACGAAGAGGAAUCCCUUCUGGUUAUUAGACGUUUGCAUAAAGUACUUCGACCUUUCCUCCUUCGACGUUUAAAGAAAGAUGUCGAAUCUCAGUUACCUGACAAAGUGGAACGUAUCAUCAAGGUUAAGUUAUCCGCGCUUCAGCAAAAAUUGUAUAAUCAGAUGAAAACCCAUGGUGCUAUCUUUGUUGGUACCGGGGAAAGAGGAAAAACAGGUGUUCGAAGUCAUAGGAAUACAGUGAUGCAAUUACGUAAGAUCUGUAAUCAUCCAUUUGUAUUCUCGGAGGUCGAAAAAGACAUCAACCCGAAUAAUGAUAAUAAUCAUUUAUUGGUGAGAGUUUCUGGAAAAUUUGAUUUCCUAGACCGAGUUCUUCCCAAGUAUUUUAAGGCCAAUCACCGAGUCCUAUUGUUCUGUCAAAUGACGAACAUACUGACUAUUAUGGAAGACUUUCUGAAUUUUCGAGGGUACAAGUAUUUACGACUGGAUGGUAGCAUUAAAUCGGACGAUCGAACCAUUUUACUAAAAAAAUUUAACAGCCCUGACUCUCCAUAUUUCAUAUUUUUGCUCAGCACUCGUGCUGGUGGUUUGGGUCUAAAUUUGCAAUCAGCUGACACUGUUAUACUUUAUGACUCUGAUUGGAAUCCGCAUCAGGAUCUUCAAGCGCAAGAUCGCGCUCAUCGCGUUGGACAGACCAAGAAAGUUCAAGUUUUGCGUCUGAUCACUCAAAAUUCGGUCGAAGAAAAAGUACUCGCCAAAGCACAGUUUAAGCUCGACAUGGACGGUAAAGUUAUACAAGCGGGAAAAUUUGAUCAGACAAGUACCGAUAAGGCGCGUGAUGAAUUCCUGCGCUCUCUUCUUGAAGGUGACAACACCGAUGGUAACAGUGCGGACGAACGUGAGGACCUCGACGAUGAUGAAAUCAAUGAGAUCAUUUCACGAGACGAGAGGGAACUAGAAUUAUUUAGGCAAAUGGAUAUCGCCAGAAUUCGUGAAGAAACGGCCGAAUGGAAGGCCAAAGGAUUGCCUAUUCCUGAGAGGUUGAUACAGGAAUCAGAAUUACCAGAAGUAUAUCUUAGGGAUUACAAGACUAUUCCCGAUGAUGGUGUAGAAUACGGUCGAGGGCAACGACAACGUAAGGAGGUCAUCUACGAUGACGGAUUGACCGAAGAUCAAUUCUUAAACGCUGUUGAGAAUAACGUGGACAUUGAGAAUCUUAUUGCUAAAAAACAACUAUCAAACCGUCAACGGCAAGUAAAAAAGAAAAACAAGCAGGAUACUGAAAAUGUUGAGGAAUCUUCUCCCGACGUUCCUGACGAACCGGAGACCGAAAACAUUCCCCCAAUACGUAGAAACAGAAAAGGUCGUGAUCCCGUGGAGUUUACUGAUGAAUCCAUCGUUCGGUCAAAGGUCAAAUUAGAAAAUGGCGAAAAGACUGAAAGAAAACGCAAAGAUUUCAACGAUGAUGCUCCCACAGAUAUUCCAGAAGUUGAUUCCGAAUCAGAUGAUGUACAAACUAUUAAGAAUAAGCGUAAAGGAAAAGCUCGUGAUCCUGCUGAGAUGACAGACGAAUCUGUCACCAAAAUUACGGUUAAAAAAACGGAUAAAGUAAAAUCGGAGGGAGAAACCGUCGAAAAAAGCGAGUCCUCUAAAUAUAAAGUCAAGAACAAAAAAAAAAAGGGAUCCACCAUUAUCACCCUUUCACUUGAAAAGGGUGCAAAAGUUCACAAAGUCGAAACGACGACGUCUAGUGAUGAAUCGAAACAGAAACGUCGUAAAUCCAAAAAGUUAUCUGGUGAAAACAACAAUGAUCUUUUUAUGGAAUGCCUUGUUCAAAUUGAAAAUGUACGCGUUAAAUCACGUAAAGGAUAUCGUCAUCGCGCCGCAUUAUUCUACGAUCUCCCAAGUCAAGAAGAAUAUCCAUAUUACUAUGACCAGAUCAAAAAGCCAAUAUCCAUUAACAUAAUCCGUCAGAAGAUCCUAGACAACGAUUACGACGAUGCCGAUGAAUUUAAACAUGACAUUGAAUUGAUGUUCUCUAACGCGAAAACCUUCAACUUGGAAGGUUCCGAAGUUUACAAUGACGCUGAUGUUAUGCAAAAAGUUUUCUUCGCAAAAUUUGAAUCAUUCUUCGGAAAAAACCAAGAAACCACGGCGACCUUUGAACACACACUUUGA